UCAGAUUAGAAGUGUGGGCCAGAAUAAAAAUAAAGGCACCGUAAAGGCAUCUCUCUGUCUCUCUGCAGACGACUCCUCAAACAAGAACAAACACUUGAAAAACAUAAAACAUACACCCCUGGCACAAACACGCUUUUGGGUUUCCUCUCUGGAUUAUUUGGGGUGAGGAAUUGUAACAUGGACAGAUCUCCGACCAUACACAUAGCUCUGCUGAAGGCAGGCUGGCUCUGGAGACAGACAUCCAUCUUAAAGCGGUGGAAGCUGAAUUGGUGUGACCUGUGGAUUGAUGGGAGCCUGGUCUUCUACAAGACGGACAGCAGGCGAGAAUUUGAGCACCGAGUGGGUCUCAAGACCAGCUGUGUGAGCGUCAAGUCUGGCCUGGAGAGUGCAGGUAUCUCUCCUCCAGAGAACCAGCCAAGUGAGAACAUGGUGGUGGUGCAGCUUAGAGAUGGCUCCACUGUGAUCCUAUGUGCAAACAGUGAGGACGAGGCACUAGCAUGGAAGUUGACAAUUCUAGAGGCGAGACGAAACCCAUUCCCAUAUGACCCAUAUGACGACUCGUACCAGUCCGUCCCAAUGGACGGCAACACCAUCUACCUCACCCCUGGAUCAGGUACCCACCACAUUCUGAUCCAGAGAGACCCAUACGACGGCAUAGGAGAGCAGGUAGCACUGGGGCUACUGGCGGGCAUGGCGGUGGGCGCUGCCAUGCGCUCCUUCCUCUGGAUGCCCUUGUUCUUCUGCUGAUAGAGAAGGUCUUUGAUCUGGACCAAGAUGCUUGCUUGGGCGCCCUCCCCCAGUGCGCUAGCUCCAUGAGCAGGGAGGCACGGUUGGGAAAUGCCCAGGCUGCUGUAGGCCUCAUUCCUACAAGUCUUAUUAUUGUAUUUCACACACAUUUUAUUUCCUGUUGCAGAAUAAUAGUGCACGAAUGUGUGUGUGUGUUUUAAGUUUUAAUGUCACAUGCACACAUACAGUGAAAUGCCUUUCUUGCAAGCUCUAACCACAACAAUGCAGUAAUCAAUAACGAUGUAAUAGUAAAAAUAACAAGGUAGAACAAAAACACAGAAGAUAUAAAAAUAAUAAGAACACGAUAAAGUAAGUAAGCAUACUAUAUCAUGGUCAUUGUGUUUGUGUGAGCGUGCAUGCAUGUGUGAUUGAACCUGUGUGUUGACAAAUUGGUUUACAGAACAGGUUGAUGGUAACAUAAAUAUGUCCUUUAUAACAUAAGCUGUGUGAACUCAACCUAUUUAGUAGAAAUGCAUAUGAAACAUAUACGGUAUGCAACAUACAGGGUGUAUGAAAAACAGCAACGUCCUGAUCCGUACAGAAUGUAUGUAAUGUAAUUCACUGAGUACAAUGCUGCUGUUGUUGUCAAAUUUAAUAAAAGUUUUCAAAGCCAUG